AUGCCGAAAAAGACUUUUGACGACGACGGCAACGUUAUCGGUGGAGACGAUGAUCUUGUACUCGAGGAGAAGCCUGUAAUUGAAGAACCAGUAGUGGAAUCGGAUUCAGACGAUGAAGCACCUGAAGCAGUGUCCACAACAACCGCCAAAUCAAGUGCAUUGGAAGAAGCUAAAGCACAACGUGAUUCGGUAAAACGGGCUGCUGAAAAAGAAAAGGAACGAAGGCGCCAACGCGAUCAACAACUCAAGUUACAAAAGGAGGCCAGCAAACGCAACAAGAAGAAGGAAGUGGUCCAAGAAGAAGAGAGUGAAGAGGAAGAGGAAGAGGAAGAUGAGGAGGAGAACGAGGACGACGAUAAUCGAUUAUUGCCUGCCGAACUUUUAGCACAAGCAGCAGCUGAGGAUGCCAAACAGCACAAACGAUCUCAUUUAACGGCAGCCGAUUUUGAACGCAUGGAAGCUGAAGAGGAGGAAGCUGAAAAGAAGGCAAAAAAGAGACGCAUCCAAGCCAAUGAACGGCGUGUAGGCGAAUAUACAGUCAAAGUCCUUAACAAUCGACCUCGACCUGCACCAACCGAUACCAAGAUCCUCAACUUUAGAGACCGAUUAAUGCACAGGAAAUCAAUUCCACGAAAAGACGCCAUGCUCAGCGCAAGUAAAAAGAACAAACGGAUAGGCAAAGCUGCAUACCAAUUCCAUCGCAAAUAA